AGGACAACUCCGAUGAAUCGAAUUCUCUCCCGUACUUUGCCUACUGUGCGAUUGCAUUUACGAGUGCCAAUGGCCAGAAACGCGUCUUACCUAAUCGAGGACCCUAAAUACUCCUUUUUAAAGGACUUGGGGCUUGAAAAAACAAAUGUCGGCGUUUAUAACGGAAAGUGGCAAGCUAAUGGACAGGUGAUCCAAUCAUUCAGUCCAGCCAACGGUAAGGUUAUAGCGGAGGUCCAAAGCGCCACAUCGGCGGACUACGAGUCAUGCGCGCAGUCGGCGGAGGCGGCGUGGCGCGAGUGGGCGGAGCUGCCGGCGCCCGCGCGCGGCGAGAUCGUGCGCCAGAUCGGCGACGCGCUCAGGGAGAAACUGCAGCCGCUGGGACAGCUGGUGGCUUUGGAAAUGGGUAAAAUCCUCCCCGAAGCGAUCGGCGAGGUCGUAGAAUAUAUACACGUGUGUGACCUCGCGUUAGGUCUAUCCCGGACGCUCCCGGGAACAAUUUUCCCGUCAGAGCGGCCCGGACACGUUCUCAUCGAGAAGUGGAACCCCCUGGGCGCUAUUGGCAUCAUCACGGCGUUUAACUUCCCCGUGGCUGUGUUUGGGUGGAAUAGCGCUAUUGCUAUGGUAUGUGGAGAUGUGAGCGUGUGGAAGCCAUCGGACACCACGCCGCUGACUGCGGUGGCCGUCACCAAAAUCGUGGAGAGUGUCUUGGUCAAAAAUAACAUCCCUGGAGCCGUGGCCGCACUAUGUGUGGGCGGGAAGGACAUUGGGCAGCAGUUGGUGCAGGACCCUAGGAUGAAACUUGUUUCCUUCACUGGCAGUACUGCUGUUGGUCAACAGGUGGGCGUGGAAGUACAGAAGCGUUUCGGGCGCCACUUGCUGGAGCUGGGCGGGAACAACGCUAUCGUGGUGAAUGCGGACGCCAACCUGCAGCUGCUGCUGAACGCGGCGCUGUUCGCGUGCGCCGGCACCGCGGGCCAGCGCUGCACCACCACGAGGCGCCUGCUGAUACACAAGCAGGUAUAUGGUGAAGUGGUAUCCAAACUGAAGAAGGCAUUUGCAAGCGUAGUGAACAGAAUAGGCGACCCACUGGAGAGCGAGACCUUGAUCGGUCCGCUGCACACGUCCGCCGCCGUUGACGCCUACCUCAAGACUGUAGAGGAGGCCAAGAAACAGGGCGGUACCGUCGAAUUUGGAGGAAAGGUGAUCAACCGCGAAGGUUUCUUCGUGGAGCCAACCAUAAUCACAGGUCUUCCCCACGACUCGCCACUGGUCAAGUCGGAAUGUUUUGCUCCCAUCGUGUAUUGUAUCGAGAUUCCUGACUUGGACACCGGUAUCAAGUAUAACAAUGAGGUCGAUCAGGGACUGUCCUCUAGUUUGUUUACGGAGAACUUGGCUGAUGUGUUCAAGUGGAUCGGUCCGCACGGCUCGGACUGCGGCAUAGUGAACGUGAACAUACCGACGAACGGCGCGGAGGUGGGCGGCGCCUUCGGCGGCGAGAAGGCGACCGGCGGCGGCCGCGAGUGCGGCUCCGACGCGUGGAAGAGCUACAUGAGGCGCUCCACCGUCACCAUUAACUACUCGGGCGCCAUCAAACUGGCACAGAACAUCAAAUUUGGGGACGAGUGAAGGGCUUAGGUGACCUGCGUCCCUGCCUGGCAAUAUGGGUCGAUUAUGAUGAAGGCGGUUAAGUUAUACAGCUAAUUUUAUUAACGUAUUACCACAGAUAACAUAAGACUGUACUGGGUAUUACGAUUAGGUUUAUGAAUAAUGUUCUAGGAUAGUUUUGAAGUGACGUCAAAAUCCAGUUUGAAGCGGCUGAGCACCGUAAAAUUUAAAUGUUAAGAUGCAAUAUUUUUGAUGUGAAACAUCUAUAGCCGCACGUAAACCCGAUUCCUGGCGUGGCGACGCAUGCCGUAGCGACGCGUCGCCACGCUAUACGAAUUAAGUAGUCACGAUUUGAAAUAAAUUCGUAAAUUUUUGUAUUUAAUGAAAAUAAAUGUUUAUUCAAUAAAUAGUCAUCGUUAUCUGGAAAAAAAUCUUAAUAUUUUAUUUUAUCAUUAUGACACAUUUAGUUCCUAUCACAAUAUUAUGUCCUUUUCUGCUUUUACAAAAUAAUGUCGAUGUUUCACAUCUAC